AUGGGUAUUGUUGGAAGGAAGAGAUCAGCAGCUGGGUUUUCAGCUCUGCUUCUUCUUCUGCCUAUCUUUCUCAUCACCUUUCUUGGAAGAUUUCAGGUUGUUUCGGGCCUAAGUGACACAAAGUAUAGGCAAGUGAGUAGCUUGAGACUUGAGAGGAUAAAGGGGCAUUUGGACAAGAUUAACAAGCCCGCUGUCUUGACGAUAGAGAGCCCAGAUGGAGAUACCAUUGAUUGUGUCCAUAAAAGAAAACAGCCAGCUUUAGAUCAUCCGCUUUUAAAGAAUCACAAGAUCCAGAGACAUCCUUCAGAGAUGCCCAAAGUGAAAAAAGAUAGGGUGGGAGAUGAUGAUGAUGAUGAUGAUGAUAAGGAAGCAGUGAGAGAUGCAUGGCAAAUGUGGCAUCGAAAUGGGACAACAUGUCCAAAGGGAACGGUUCCCAUACGCCGAAGCACAGUUGGUGAUGUUUUAAGAGCCAAGUCUUUGCUUCAUUUUGGGAAGAAACAACCUAGGCUUUCGCUUACUACCUCCAAUGACCCACCAUAUAUAGGCAUGAAUAUGCAUGAGCAUGCAGUGGCCUACACCCGAAAAUCAACCCGAGUUGUAUUGGGGGCAAAGGCGACUAUAAACGUGUGGAGCCCAUCAGUCCAACUGGACACCGAGUUCAGUCUCUCCCAAAUUUGGAUUGCUUCGGGAUACCCCUCGGGUUUCAACCUCAACACCAUAGAAGCUGGAUGGCAGCCGCAGGUAGAGCUUUAUGGUGACUGCUUAACCAGAUUGUUCAUUUACUGGACGGCUGAUUCGUAUGGGGCAACGGGGUGCUACAACCUUCUUUGUGCAGGAUUUGUGCAAACCAAUAGCAUGAUAGCCAUCGGGGGUGCCUUUUCUCCAUCUUCAUAUUUAGGCAUGCAAUAUGAACUUACCAUCUUCAUCUGGAAGAAUUGGUGGAUAAGAAUUGGUGACAUUGACGUAGGAUACUGGCCAGCAGAGCUAUUUUCCUGCUCAAGAGAUCAUGCCGCAUGGGCAGAAUGGGGUGGUGAGGUGCUGAACAGAAGGGCUAACGGCCAGCACACCUUUACCCAAAUGGGCUCAGGUCACUUUCCCUAUGAAAAGUUUCAAAAAGCAAGCUACUUUCGGAACAUAGAGAUUGUGAAUGUCAAUAAUAUUCUCAGUCGUGCCAAAGAUCUUAAGACCAAAGCUAGAAACUCCCGCUGUUACAAGAUCAAGAUCUCCAACAACAUUCCAUGGGGCACAUACUUCUACUAUGGGGGGCCAGGGAACGAUUUCAAUGUGGGGCUAGUGAUUUUAAAUCGGUGCCCAGGAUCAUGA